GGGCGCGAGAGAAAGAUGUUUAACUCGGUGAAUCUGGGCAACUUCUGCUCCCAGACGCGCAAGGACCGGACGUCCGAGUUUGGGGACAGGACGGGCUGCGCGUCUAACAUCUACCUCCCCAGCUGCACUUACUACGUCCCCGAGUUUUCCGCCGUCUCCUCGUUCCUUCCACAGGCCCCGUCGCGGCAGAUUAGCUACCCUUAUUCCACGAAUCUGUCUCAAGUGCAGCCGGUGCGGGAAGUUUCAUACGGCUUGGACCCUGCGAGUAAAUGGCACCACAGAAGCAAUUAUGCACCGUGCUAUUCAGGAGAGGAUCUGGUGCACAGAGACUGUCUUCCACCAUCCACCAUGACAGAAAUGCUUAUGAAGAACGAGAGUGUGUACAGCCACCACCAUCACCAUCCAGGCUCCAACCACCCCUCCACGGGAUUCUACUCCGGCGUGGGCAAAAACAACGUCCUCCCGCAAGGCUUCGACCGCUUUUUCGAGACCGCGUACUGCGGUGCGGACACUCAGUCAGACAAUUGUUUACAGAAGGGCGAGGCGAGCAAGCUGGAGACCGAGUCGCCGCCGCAGCAGCCGCAGCACCAGCAGCAGCAGCAGCAGCAGCAGCAGCAGACGACCGCCUCGAUACCCGGCGCCCAAGACCAGGAAAAGGACCCCGAGGAUGAGGAGGGACAUACGAACUCGGGCUCCUGCACGUCGUCGGCGACCAAGGACGGCAGCAGCAGCAAGAGCAGCAGCCACUCGAGCACCCCUCGUACAAGGAAGAAGAGGUGUCCCUACUCCAAAUUUCAGAUUCGGGAGCUGGAGCGGGAGUUCUUCUUUAACGUUUACAUCAACAAAGAGAAACGGCUUCAGCUUUCCCGAAUGUUGAACCUCACCGACCGACAGGUUAAAAUCUGGUUUCAGAAUAGGAGGAUGAAAGAGAAGAAGCUGAGCAGAGACCGUCUGCAGUACUUCUCCGGAAACCCCUUGUUGUGA